CCAGGGUUGUUUCUUUUCAAGGAACGGACAGAAAACUAGAAACACAUUAGCAUUAAUCUAACGUAUGGUUAGAAAACGCGAUAGCAGUGAUACGAUAACAGCAUGCAUUUAUUAAUGAACUCUACAUUAACAGCCACCAUACCUCAUUCGAAAACAACUUGCCCUGGACACGUGCCUGUUGAGUUCACAGAUGUGGUGUUAGAAGGUGAGCAUGUGACCUCCAAGAAGAAGAAGGAGCCACGUCGACUUGUCCACUUCAGUGAUGGAGUACUGGAGGAGUACUCCACAGACGAGGAAGAGGAUCAACCUGCGCCACCGCCACCGAUCAACCCGAAAACACUAUCCUGGGUACCAUGGAUGUGGCAUUAUGCAUCUACUGCAGCUGUGAAGACACUAGGGGCUGCAGAUACAUGUGGUGAGAAGCUGGCAUGGUUCUUUGGAAUUACCUCCCCUAAAUACCAGUCUGCCAUUGAUGAGUUCUACAGACUGAAAGCUGAGGAGGAGAAGGAGGAGGAGGAGGUACAAAGCUACAAGAAGAACAUGGCCUUGCUGUACAAUGUCAUAGUGGAGGGCCCGACUGGAGAGAAGACUGUGGGGGACCCCAACAACCAGAAGUUCUGAACACUUGGCAAUAUUGAGUGGCGUUCUGAGAAAACUGGGCAUAAUGUAGGUGCAUAAAGUGUGGUCCCAGAUUAGCCUGUGCAGUUUACACAGGCUAAUCAGGGAUGACACUUUCAGCCUUAUUUGGAUUUUUGCUAAGAAGAGACUUUAUUUAAACAAAAAAUGUCAUAAAAGCGGAAAUGUUGUCCGUGAUUAGCCUGUGCGGACUGCACAGGCUAAUCUUGGACGACACUUAAAGCACAUUCAUUAAGUACCGUUUUCUCAGAACGCGUCUCUAUUAGUCUUACAUACUCAAUAUUUGGUCUUACAUUCUGUGCCACAUCUUACUUUGUAUACAGAAAUGUCUUGUAGUAGUAUGAAUAAGACAGGAUAUUUUUUAUCUGAAUUUAGACACUGUUAUGGAAAUAAUGGUAGUAUAUAGGUUUAACUGCUUGCAAAUUUCAAACGGUAUAAAAAUGUAAGAUUUUGAAGUAUAACUUGAAAACCAUUCGCAUGAGACUCAUUAAAUGUACUUGUAUUGUGUCUUGUAUUGUGUGUUACGCUACGAAAAAGGAGGCUUAAUGCAUGUGAGCUAAGUGUUAAGUAGACGCUGCACAGGCUGAUCUGGGCUCAUGUAUUAAGACCCAUUUUUCAGAGCUUAGGUCAUAUUUAAUCCUUCCAGUCCUUUAAAGAGAUCCAAUAGGUGUGGCAACCUAAUGUCUGUCCAGUCCUUUAAAGAGAUCCAAUAGGUGUGGCAACCUAAUGUCUGUCCAGUCCUUUAAAGAGAUCCAAUACGUGUGGCAA